CCGGGCAUCAUGGCCGCUGCCCCGUGAGCGCCGCAGGUGCCUGGCGGGAAUGAGUCGCGUGAGCCGUUAGGCAGCACCUGGCAGGUGUGCGGGGACCGGAUCCGGGUCCGGGUUCUGAGGCGGCGCUCCACGGUCGAGAGAAGCAGGUAGGCCUGGGACUGCGUGGUCCAUGAGCCGGCGCCGGAGGCAGCGCGGAGCCGCACACUCCCCUGGCCCCGGCGCGACCCGGGCAGCCGCGGGCUGAGGAGUCGCGGGGCGCCGGGAGCGCCCCCAGCCGCCACCAUGAACCCGGAGAAGGACUUCGCUCCACUCACGCCCAACAUCGUGCGGGCUCUCAAUGACAAGCUCUACGAGAAGCGGAAGGUGGCAGCGCUGGAAAUCGAGAAGCUGGUCCGGGAGUUCGUGGCCCAGAACAACACAAUGCAAAUCAAGCAUGUGAUCCAGACCCUGUCUCAGGAGUUCGCUCUAUCUCAGCACCCCCACAGCCGGAAAGGGGGCCUCAUCGGCCUGGCCGCCUGCUCCAUCGCGCUGGGCAAGGACUCAGGGCUGUACCUGAAGGAGUUGAUUGAGCCAGUGCUGACCUGCUUCAACGACACAGACAGCCGGCUACGCUACUACGCCUGUGAAGCCCUCUACAACAUCGUCAAGGUGGCCCGCGGCGCUGUGCUGCCCCACUUCAACGUGCUAUUUGACGGCCUGAGUAAGUUGGCUGCGGACCCAGACCCCAAUGUGAAGAGCGGAUCUGAGCUCCUAGACCGCCUCUUAAAGGACAUCGUGACAGAGAGCAGCAAGUUUGACCUGGUGGGCUUCAUCCCCUUAUUGCGGGAGAGGAUCUACUCCAACAACCAGUAUGCCCGGCAGUUCAUCAUCUCCUGGAUCCUGGUUCUGGAGUCUGUGCCAGACAUUAACCUGCUGGAUUACCUGCCGGAGAUCCUGGAUGGACUUUUCCAGAUCCUGGGCGAUAAUGGCAAAGAGAUUCGGAAAAUGUGUGAAGUGGUCCUUGGAGAAUUCCUGAAAGAAAUCAAGAAGAACCCGUCUAGUGUGAAGUUUGCUGAGAUGGCCAACAUCCUGGUGAUCCACUGCCAGACCACAGAUGAUCUGAUCCAGCUGACAGCCAUGUGCUGGAUGCGGGAGUUCAUCCAGCUGGCCGGCCGGGUGAUGCUGCCCUAUUCUUCUGGGAUCCUGACCGCCGUCUUGCCCUGCCUGGCUUAUGAUGACCGCAAGAAAAGCAUCAAGGAGGUUGCCAAUGUAUGCAACCAGAGCCUGAUGAAGCUGGUCACCCCUGAGGAUGAUGAGCCCGAGGAGCCGAAGUCUGUGGUGCCAAAGCAGGUAGACCCCAACCCUGAUGACUCCCUGGCGAAGCAGGAAGGGACAGCUGGUGGAGUGCCAGAUGGUUCCUGUGACUCCAGCUUCGGUAGUGGCAUCAACGUCUUCAGUCCAGCCAGCACUGACAGGGCCCCGGUCACCCUCCACCUCGACGGGAUUGUGCAGGUCCUGAACUGCCACCUCAGUGACAUGGCCAUCGGCAUGAUGACCAGGAUUGCCGUCCUCAAGUGGCUAUACCACCUCUACAUCAAGACGCCCCGGAAGAUGUUCCGGCACACGGACAGCCUCUUCCCCAUUCUCCUGCAGACGUUAUCAGAUGAAUCGGAUGAGGUUAUCCUGAAGAAUCUAGAGGUUUUGGCAGAAAUUGCUUCCUCCCCCGCAGGCCAGACGGAUGACCCAGGCCCCGUUGAUGGCCCUGAACUCCGGGUCAGCCACUCAGACCUUCAGGUGCCCACCCCUGGCAGAACCAGCCUACUGAGCUCGCCCAGUACCAAAGGCUUAGAAUGUUCUCCCUCCACUCCCACCAUGAACUCCUACUUCUAUAAGUUCAUGAUCAACCUUCUCAAGAGGUUCAGCAGUGAACGGAAGCUGCUGGAGGUCAGAGGCGCCUUCAUCAUCAGGCAGCUGUGCCUCCUGCUGAACGCUGAGAACAUCUUCCACUCGAUGGCAGACAUCUUGCUCCGAGAGGAGGACCUCAAGUUCGCCUCCACCAUGGUGCACACCCUCAACACCAUCCUGCUCACCUCCUCUGAGCUCUUCCAGCUCAGGAACCAGCUCAAGGACCUGAAGACUCUGGAGAGCCAGAACCUCUUCUGCUGCCUCUACCGCUCCUGGUGCCACAACCCCGUCACCACCGUGUCCCUCUGCUUCCUCACCCAGAACUACCGGCACGCCUACGACCUCAUCCAGAAGUUUGGGGACCUGGAGGUGACCGUGGAUUUCCUCACAGAGGUGGACAAGCUGGUGCAGCUGAUUGAGUGCCCCAUCUUCACAUAUCUGCGCCUGCAGCUGCUCGACGUGAAGAACAACCCGUACCUGAUCAAGGCCCUGUAUGGCCUGCUCAUGCUGCUGCCCCAGAGCAGCGCCUUCCAGCUGCUGUCCCACCGGCUCCAGUGCGUGCCCAACCCCGAGCUGCUGCAGACCGAAGACAGUCUGGAGGCCGCCCCCAGGUCGCAGAAGACAGACACCCCCAGCAUUGACUAUGCAGAACUGCUGCAGCACUUCGAGAAGGUCCAGAAGAAGCACCUGGAAGUGAGGCAUCAGCGGAGUGGGCGCGGGGACCACCUGGACAGGAGGGUCGUCCUCUGACGGGCGUGGCAUGGGGCAGGGCCAGGAGUGGCCUGCAGAGCACCCAGGGUCUUCAGGAGCCUGAGGACCUGCCUGAGGCAGGGGGUGGAGGCUGCUGUCUACUCGAGCUCCUCUCAGCCCAGCCCUGGGCCCCCAGCCCUGUCAGCUGCACCCUCAUUCUGAUAGAGCCGGCUCCCGCCAGGGUGGGGCCGCAACCUCAGGUGCCACCCGCCUGCUGGAACUGAUCUUUUCCUAGUACCCUCUGUGACGGAAGUUGACGGCGCCAGAGCGCCGGCCUCGGGCAGAGAUGUGUAUACACAGGUGGACGUUCCUGUGUGCACACGGGCCCAGCGCAGAGGUCCCUGGGAAUGAUGCACCCCACCCCAAUAAAGAGCCGACAAACCCU